AAUCUUCUUUGUUGCUUGGGAUUUCUAAAAGCUCAUUGGCUAUGGUCACCAUAAAAUAAAACAUUUCAUAAAUUAGCAAUAACUACGAUGAACAGAAAUGUUAAUCAUCAGAAAGAAUAUUUGAAAUGCUUAAAAAUUCAUAUUGUAUGUUCAUUAACUGGAGGAUAAUAUGUAGCUAAGACUGGGGACUUGCAGGAGUUUGGUAUGAUACUAUAGUAUCUAAGUUUAUGUUAGGUUUUGUCUUAAAAUAUUGAAGCUAUAAAUAUUCUUGAACUUUGAUGAGGAUAUCUUACUGGUAAAUGCAAGCCUAUUUAAGCAGAUUUCUAGAGCAGUGCGUUGCUCUAGCAUUGACUAAAUUGGAAGUGAACUUGAGUAAAAUGAAAAGACUGGAAAAAGUUAUGUGGAAAAAUCUUCAGACUUGGAGUCUCAUCCUGGUUUCAGUUCCUUGGUUAAUAAUGUGUGUCCUUGGUGAUGAUGAAAACACGUUUAAGAUCUUAGUUGCGACAGAUAUUCACCUGGGAUUUAUGGAGAAAGAUGCAGUCAGAGGAAAUGAUACCUUUAUAACGCUUGAUGAAAUUUUGAGACUUGCCCAGGAAAAUGAAGUGGAUUUUAUUUUGUUAGGUGGUGAUCUUUUUCAUGAAAAUAAACCCUCAAGAAAAACAUUACAUACCUGCCUCGAGUUAUUAAGAAAAUACUGCAUGGGUGAUCGUCCUGUACAGUUUGAAAUUAUCAGCGAUCAGUCAGUCAACUUUGGUUUUAGUAAGUUUCCAUGGGUGAACUACCAGGAUGGCAAUCUCAACAUUUCGAUUCCGGUGUUUAGUAUUCAUGGCAAUCACGAUGAUCCCACAGGGGCAGAUGCACUCUGUGCCCUGGAUAUUUUAAGUUGUGCUGGAUUUGUAAAUCACUUUGGACGUUCAAUGUCUGUGGAGAAGAUAGACAUAAGUCCUGUUUUGCUCCAAAAAGGAAGCACAAAAAUGGCUCUAUAUGGCUUAGGGUCCAUUCCAGAUGAAAGGCUCUAUCGAAUGUUCGUCAAUAAAAAAGUAUCAAUGUUGAGGCCAAAAGAAGAUGAGAACUCUUGGUUUAACCUGUUUGUGAUUCAUCAGAACAGGAGUAAACAUGGAAAUACUAACUUCAUUCCAGAACAAUUUUUGGAUGACUUCAUUGAUCUUGUAAUCUGGGGCCAUGAACAUGAAUGUAAAAUAGCUCCAACCAAAAAUGAGCAACAACUCUUUUAUGUAUCACAACCUGGAAGUUCGGUGGUCACUUCUCUUUCCCCAGGAGAAUCUGUAAAGAAACAUGUUGGUUUGCUGCGUAUCAAAGGAAGGAAGAUGAAUAUGCAAAAAAUUCCUCUUCACACGGUGCGGCAGUUCUUUAUGGAAGAUAUUGUUCUGGCUGAUCAUCCAGACAUUUUUAACCCAGAUAACCCUAAAGUAACCCAAGCCAUUCAAAGCUUCUGUUUGGAGAAGAUUGAAGAAAUGCUUGAAAAUGCUGAACGGGAACGUCUGGGAAAUUCUCAACAGCCAGAGAAGCCUCUUAUACGACUGCGAGUGAACUAUAGUGGAGGUUUUGAACCUUUCAAUGUUCAUCGUUUCAGCCAGAAAUUUGUGGAUCGGGUAGCUAAUCCAAAAGAUGUCAUCUAUUUUUUCAGGCAUAGAGAACAGAAGGAAAGCACAGGAGAAGAGAUCAACUUUGGGAAAUUCAUCACAAAACCUUCAGAAGGAACAACUCUCAGGGUAGAAGACCUUGUAAAACAGUAUUUUCAAACUGCAGAGAAGAAUGUGCAGCUCUCACUUCUAACAGAAAAGGGAAUGGGUGAAGCAGUACAAGAAUUUGUGGACAAGGAAGAAAAAGAUGCCAUAGAGGAGUUAGUGAAAUACCAGUUGGAAAAAACACAGCGGUUUCUUAAAGAACGCCAUAUCGAUGCCCAGGAAGAUAAAAUCGAUGAAGAGGUACGUCGUUUCAGAGAAAGCAGACAAAAAAAUACUAAUGAAGAAGAUGAUGAAGUUCGAGAGGCCAUGACCAGGGCCAGAGCCCUCAGAUCUCAGUCCGAGGACUCCGCUUUCGCCUUCAGUGCUGACGACCUUAUGAGUAUAGAUCUGGCAGAACACAUGGCUGAUGACUCGAACGAUAGCUUCGCCGCCACAGCCAACAAAGGAAGAGGCCGAGGAAGAGGUCGAAGAGGAGGCCGAGGACAGAAUUCUGCUUCAAGAGGAGAGUCUCAGAGGGGAAGAGGAGGCACUGGUCUGGAGACUUCUACUCGAAGCAGAAAUUCAAAGGCCAGUACGUCGACAUCUAGAUAUAUGUCUAUUAUAGAUGCCUUUAAAUCUGCAAGACAGCAGCCCUCCCAAAAUGUUGCUACUAAGAAUUAUUCAGAGGUGAUUGAGGUGGAUGAGUCAGAUGUGGAAGAAGACAUUUUUCCUACCACUUCAAAAACAGAUCAAAAGUGGUCAAGCCCAUCAUCCUCAUUGAGCAAACCCGUGUCCCGGGGCCAAAGAACCAAGGGGGUGGAUUUUGAAUCAGAUGAGGACGAUGAUGAUGAUGAUCCUUUCAUGAACAUUAGUUCUUUAAGAAGAAACAGAAGAUAAUAUCUCUCAUGGCACUAGAGUUUUUGAGAUUCCGAAAAAAUCAAAACAUCGCAGGUUAAGAGUUUACGGUUGAAGACUUCUUGAGUAUUGCUGUCAGCUGAAGAAUUUGAAAGAGACUUACUUAACAGAGAAACUAAUGGAUAAGCAUUUAUAUUUUUGAGUAUCAUUUCCUGAACAUGACUCCUUUACUUGAGAAACUUCCCGGUUCAAGGACGUGCAGAAUAGCAUUGGCUCUCGUUAUUCUCUAAAUUUGGUGGUUAACAUUACCUGGGAAUGCUUUGUAAAGUUUGGAAUGUUAUUUUCCUGAUAUAUAUUAGCAUAUGUCUUAGUGAGGGCUUUGCUUAAAUAUCAUUCUUGAGUAAGGAUUAAAAGAAAUUUAUUGUAUGUUUCUGCUUCACAAAGACUCCCAGUAUUUUAAUGUGGUUACAUUCAGCCACAGGUGAAGAAGAAAACUUCUAAAAUGUAAUCUCUUCAUAAUUUAGUAAUUGCUACAGAUUAUGCAUUUCCUGAAGGUAAAACAAUCUAUGUGAAACUGUGCCUAAAUUUGCUGUUUGUUAGUAAGCAUGCAUUUUUUUCUGAUGUUUGUAAUAGUAUCACACACUGAGACAGAAUGAUUACAUGUACCUUAUACUUCUAAUAGUUAGAUGUAAGUUUGUUUUUAAAAAAAUAGAACAUUGUGUCAGAAUUACUGCAUUUUUUAUUCCAGUUGUAGCAGACUUUAAAAGAUGAUCUUGCAUUAAGUGGUAGUACUUUUUCUUCAUUAUUCUCCAAUUUUCAUGGUUGUUUCUCUCUUUCUCUGUCUCUCUCAUCUAUGUCUAUUAGGAAAAAGGUUAAACAGAUUUUUUAACUAUAUAUUUAAAAAUAUUGAAGAAUUUUUUUUUUUAUAUAUAGAGUGGUUAAACCUUAUGGUUCUGUUAGAUUAAAAUACCGAAAUAGAACAUCUGUAGCAUAUCGAUGCCAAGAUUUCUCCUUAAUAAUAUUUUAUCUUAAUAUUAGGCAUGGGCAGUUCCAGAAAUCUUAGUCAAGGAGCUUGUGUUAAGUUUAUAUUUUCUUUCUUGUGCUAAAGGGGACAUAGAAUUUGACCUCUUCAUAUUUAAGUUCAGUAGUCCCAUUCUCUGUUUAAGAGUCUGUUAGAAGACCUCUAGAGUAUUCUUUCCUUUAUUCUCUGAAGUAGCUAUAUUUAAAGACUCCUUAAGAAAGCUUUAGAUCUCAGUGGUACAACAGCCUGAUAUUUCUUCAGACAUAGAAACAAACACUUGAUAGAAUGAUAUUUAUGAUUAUCGGCACAGUCCUACCUAGCAUAUGUCAAGUUAUAAAAGACCAUUUGCAUAGUGGCUACCUCUGUAUUAUAGCCCUUUGUCAUGACCUGAGUCAAAAUUGCAAUGUAACAUUCUAAUGAGUUCCUUUAAAAAUAUUGUCUCUACCUAACUUGUGCAGCAGAAUUGUUUCAGCAGGUAGCAUCAACUCUGCAGAAGGCAUGGUCCUGUGAAGUACUCUUGGGCCCAUGUGCCCACAUAUUUCAUAAUCACAGUAUUUGACUGAGGCUGAGAGGAAAUCAGGGGUGCAAGUCACUUUCCAUGAUGGAACAGGAGCUAGUUUGGGUGGCUGUCUGGGCCAGGCAGUGGUAUCCUGCACAGGGCAGCAUCAGCUGCUGGCUCUUUGCAUCCACACUGAGAUGUGCUUGGGUGAGGGACCUAAAGCAUCCUGACAAGGUCCAGAGAAAAAGGAAUAAGGCUUUCUCCCUUUCUAAAAAUGGGAGGCAUUCCAUAGGAUGAAAGGGGUACUAAAUGUGAUGCAGUUAGUGCCUAAGUGUUUCCACGGAGUUCCUAGGAAAAGUGAUUCCACAGCAGAUGGAGAAGUGAAAUUCUCUUCAACUAAUGCUAGUCAUUUUGUAAAUGGUGUGUGUCACUUCUUGGAAAUAUGGUAAAGAAAACAUGAAAGAAAAAUAUUUCUGUUUGUUGUUGCACAGUUAAGUAUGCCAUAUAGCCUUGAUAUUCUGUGUUGAUACAGUAAGAUCUAUGGUUUUUUGGACAGUUUUCUGUUAGUACAGGUGCAUAGAGGUGAUUCCAGAUAAUCACAGAACACCUACAGUUGCUCUUAGAGGGUGAGAGAGAGCGAUGGACACAUUCUGAGGAAAAAAAAUCUUCCCAUCAUUUGCCAAAGAAUAUAUCUCUUUCUGGUGUUUUGUUUCCUAUCAUAAAAACACAGUAUGCAUUACAAGGUCAAAAAUGCAUUGUAGUUCUAAGAAAGUUGAGGAAAUAUAAUGGUGCUCAGAAAAUUCAAGCAUUUAGGUACAUGACUUACAAUUCAGGUACAUGUAAAAUGCUUUUUUAACCUAGACUUUUAAAAUUGUGAAAUACAGUAACAGAAAAGUCAUGUGGUUUAACAAAUAACUAUAAAUCAGGGCAUCUCUGUGCAGGUCAGGAAAUAGAAUAUCACUAGGCCCUGGAAGCCACUAAGUGUUCUAUCCUCUCUGGGUAACCAGUCUUGACUUCUGUUAUUUAGUCACUUUUGCUGCAAGGUGGUGGGUGUUUCCACCAAUUGACAUAUAGGAUGGUGUAACUGCAAAUCUAAAAUUAAGAAGUUAGUGUAGCUUUGCAAUAACUUUGGAACCUAUGCAACAAUACUAAACCUAUGCAGUAAGACUAAAAUUAGCCUUCUAGUUGUGUAUGUAGAUUGCUUUACAUAUUUCACCUGGCUUAGCCUGUUACUAAGGAAAUUGCCAGUUUGAUAAAUUUUACAUAAAAGGUUCAAGAAGAAAAUGUUGUUUUAAUAAACAAAGAGAAAAACCCUUUAUCAGAAAAAUUGAAUUAAAAACUCUCCCAUCAUAAAACUUCUCUGUUGAAAUUUACUAAAUGUACUAUAUUUAAAAAUAACUUUCCCCCACUGUAAUCUGAUACCUUUUUUGUAUCAUACAUUUAAUUCAUUUUGUGGUGCUUUAAAGCUAACUACCCUUAAGAUUUUUAUAAAAGUCCCAUAGAAUAAAGAUUUGGUUUUUUAGUCCAAAGAGCUUCCAUAUUCUUGAAUGAAAAACAUCCACAUUUUUUACCACUUAACUCAUUUCCUUGUAAUAUUUUUGAAUUUAACGUUUAUUAGGUAGGUCUGAAAAUACUACAAUUUUAGUUUGAUCUCUGCAAAGCCAGUUGACAAAGCUUGCUAUUGCCACGCACAUUUACCAUGACUGAUCUGAUUUUUAGCUGUUUUUAAAUUGUAAAGGAAGUGCCUAUUUAUUCUUGAAAAUUGAAACAUUGAACCAUGUAUCAAAAUAAUCCUUUCCCCAGACAUAACCUAGCAACAAUUAGGUAUGUUUUAUCAAUUAUGUUUGGCAUUACCACCAACAAAAAUUGUUGAAUUAGAACCCCACGUUGUAUAGUCAUGUAUUUUAGUCCCCAUAUCAAAGUCUAUGUUCACCUUGGUACUUAGUUGACAUCCUGCUUUUUCCACAACUGUUUUGUCAUCCUCUUUUCAUUAAGCCUUCAUUGUCUGUUUUGAGGGAUAACUGCACUGCUUUCCAAUGUGUAAUUUAAAUGUUAUCACUCAAUUUGGGUCAAAUAAAAAAAUAUUUAAUCUUUUGCCUUGA